GUCUGUAACGAGUGCCGUUUCACGCACGAUCGCUCAUUUUUAUACAACACAUAUAUACAUAUAUAUAACAUAAAGUCGAUAACGAUCACAAGUUUCAAAUCGAAAUAUUCAGUUUUGGAUCGUCUUGUGCAGAAAGAAGAAUAUUACAUCUUUAUAGCUCGAGGGUGCAAGUUCAAUUCCAUUUUUCGUCAAUAUAUAGAUAUAUAUUUUUCAAGAGAGGUGCGCGCGUGUAAACGAAGUGAUAUUCUAGGCGCGAGCACGUUCGUUAGUCGAUCGUUGUGGAUAAAAACUAUCCACGGUUAGUUACACCGUUCCGCGUUUCCAAUCAGGAGAAACCCUGGAAAGAAUGAGGAUCUCGAAUCUGGAGACGGAAGCAAGGAUAACCAAGUGGUACACAAUCGAUAGCAGUAAAUUUCGAGAGGAUAUAUUGAAAUUAUGGAUUCCUUUAGGAUCGGGACAGGAGAAAAAUCAACCAGACCAAGCUGCCCAAGAAUUUCUUUCGAGGUCCAUUGAAAGAUCUAAUUCUCUCCUUCUACAAGCAUGGCACUAUCUGGCCCGUUCCAUCUUGUCUUCUUUCAUCAGUCGAACUUCUAUCAAUGGACUCUUGGGCCGAGGAUCAAUGCACGUAUUCUCGAGGGACCAAUUUCAAAAAUUGAUAGAAGUAGGCAAUUAUAAGGGACCAUGGAAUUCUCUCUUAGACUUAGGAGCUGGUGAUGGAGCAAUAACAGCCAAUAUAGCUCAACUCUUUGAGAAAGUAUACACCACUGAUAUAUCCGCACCGAUGCGAUGGGCCUUACAAAAACGAAAGUACAUAGUUUUAGAUGUGGAGAAAUGGCCCGAUAGUAAUGGACCAUUUGAUGUGAUUCUUGCUCUAAAUUUAUUGGAUCGUUGUGAUAAGCCUAAUACAUUGCUGAGACAAUUGAAAUCAUCAUUGUCACCUGGUGGCCGAUUAAUAAUUGCCUUGGUGUUACCAUUCAGUCCCUAUGUGGAGGUUGGAGGUCGUGGCGAUCACAAACCAUCGGAAUAUUUACCAAUAAAAGGCUCUGGAAUUGAUGGACAAAUUGCCAGUUUAAUUGAUCGUGUUUUUUCACCAUUGGGAUUAAAUUGUCUUGCAUGGAGUAAAUUACCUUAUCUCUGCGAAGGAGAUUUGGCCCAAGCCUAUUAUUUUCUCAACGAUUAUAUUUUUGUUCUAGAAGCUCAAGAAAAUGACGCCUAAAUUAAAGAAGAAUGAAAUAAAACGCAGUGUCACGCUUGUUAAAAGGUUUUAAUUAUUAUUUUUUUGAAUUAAAUGACGCGUGAAUACAGAAGAGCAAUACUGACAAGCGACGACGAGUUAGUGUAUAGUUAUAGCGACAGCAUUGGUGAACAUUAUGUUUCGUGAGUAUAAGUGGAUCAAUUACUAACAUUGCAUUUAUCCGUUUUACAUUUAACAUCAUUUAGAAUUCAUUCAAUGACACAAACGAAGAGUAAUUUAUUUUUUAUUAAAACACAUGUUAUACAUUCAUGUGAGUAAAAAUAUUCAAAGAAAAAUUUUUUUCAGUUUAAA